ACUUCUUUUUCUUCCAUCAUUCCAAAGCGUGGCAGGCGAGCCCCAGGGGAGAGAGAUUUCGUUAUUCACCCCCACCCGGCCACAGUGUCCAUUAAGUGCUGUCUGGAGGAGGGGCUUCAGUCCACCUGCUUUGAGAAAAGCAAUGACUUUGGGGAACUCUGGAGGUUCACAAUAAGUGAACACAGUGAAGAUGGAAAGCCAAGCCUGUACAAAUCUAUGGUCAGGAACUCCUGCAAGGAGAUAUCAGCCUUCUCAGACUUCCCCUGUCUGGAGCAUUUUCCAAACUAUCUGCCCAACUCCAACUUCUUUGAAUACCUGAAGCUGUAUGCAAUGCAUUUUGACCUUGUGAAGCACAUCCAGUUCAAGGUGAGCUACAGAAUCAUAAAGAAACGCUCAGAUUUCUCUACCACCGGCCAAUGGGAUAUUGUCACAGAGUCCAACGGGAAGCAGGGGUCAUCUGUCCUUAAUGCUGUUAUGGUUUGCAUUGGAUACCUCUCAGAGUCUUUCCUCCCACUGGAAUCUUUCCAUGGUACAUAUUUUGCAUUUACUAUUAAGUGCUUCCAUGUGUUUGGCAUGGAGGCUGAUAAAUCCAAUAAAAACAUGUCGUUCCUGUACGCUAAAUUCCUGGCUUUGCCCAUUGCCAUCAACUGA